CUUGAAGCACCACGAUUAAAAGUGAUAGCCGCGGCUCCUGAUAACUUGCAACUUCCUCUCGCCGUCCCAAGUGGCGUUGGCGACACCAUGACCGCUCACAAUGCCACGCUCUCGAACACACGAGAUGUGACAGCAAGUCCCGUCAAUGCCAUCUUCAUCGGCGCCGGCGCUGUCGGUUGUUUCUAUGCCUCCCGACUUCACCAUCCUGACCAGAACGUCCGCGUCUCGCUCGUCGCGAGGUCCAACUACAAAGCCAUAGCAGAAUCCGGGGUGCAGCUUCAUACGCGAUCCUUCGGCGACUACACCUUCAAACCCCACGCCGUCUUCCCCACCGUCCAAGCCGCCGCCGAAGCUACAGGUGCAGAGAGCUCGGGGAAAGCCCCCUCAUCCGAUACCUCGGAGGCACCGGUGAUUUCCGCCUGGGAUUACAUCUUCGUGACGACCAAGGCCCUCCCCGACCGCGCCGACGACUCGGCCACCAUCGCGCCGCUGGUAGGACCGACUUCGUGCAUCGUGCUGAUCCAGAACGGAGUGGGCGUCGAGGAGCCCUACCGCAAACGGUUCCCCACAACCCCGAUCAUCAGCGCCGUGACAGUGGUGAGCGCCGAGCAGACGUCCCCAGGCGUCGUCCGUCAGAACAGGUGGACGCGCAUCAGCCUCGGACCGUACACGGAUGGGCUCGGGUCAGCCGAUGCCGAUGCCGAUGCCGACGACAAAGGAAGAAAUGGCGAGCUGGGUCGCAAAGGGGCCCGGCACAUCGAACGGCUGCGCACCUGGUGGGGUGGCCCAGCUGGGGGCGGCAUCCGGGACGUGGACGCCUACGACGAGGUCGGGCUCCAGACGGUGCGCUGGCACAAGCUGUGCAUCAACGCGGCCUUCAACCCCAGCGCCGUGCUGAGCGGCGGGCGGGGCAACGCCGACAUGCUGACGGACCCGGAACUCCGCGCACAUCUGCUGGGCGUCAUGGACGAGAUCUGGGACGCCGUGCCGCGGAUCCUGGGGCGGCCGUUCCCGGAGAGCAUGGCGACGCCGGAGCGCAUCAUCGAGAGCACCGAGCGGAAUACGGGCGCCAGGCCGAGCAUGCUCUUGGAUUGGGAGGCCGCCCGUCCUCUCGAGCUCGAGGUCAUACUGGGCAACCCGGUCAGGAUAGCACGCGCUCGAGGAGUUGAGCUGCCGCGGUUGCAGAGCUUGUAUGCUCUGCUCAGGAGCGCACAGAAGAUGAGGUCCCAGGGCGGACAUGACCGUCAACAGCAGCGAGAGAAAUCCAGAAUCUAGUUUCGUUCUUCACAAAAGGAGGACUCCAAAACAUGCACCAUGUUAACAAUGUUGGUUGCGCCCCACGACUCGAGUGCGGCGCAAACACCAUCAUCUCGCUAGCCCAUGUGCUGUCUGUCCAUCACCAUCCUAAAGUAGACGUGCAACUGAUGCGCCAUGGCCGAGUCGAAUCAUGACUUCUCGUGAGUGCUCGACUCAUUCCCAUGUUUGUCCACACUAUCCAGU